UUGUUGUCUCGUCCUCGAUGAUGAAAGAUAACUAGUGUAGUCCCGGCUUACAUCCUCUGGCGUCACACAAUUUUAAAGCUAAAAUAAAAUAUUUCUGAACGCAGUCGUACCUAGGUCCCACCACGCCAUCUAUACCUGUCAACUCAUUCGGUUUUCCGUGUUUAAUGGCGUCACGUUUGCGGUCGUGAAAAUUUUGUUAUUUAGAGUGUUUUUUGUACUGAAUAUUCGAAAUAAUGGAAAUAAAAAGGAAAGGAGAACAUAAACUUCCUCUACUGAAAAAGAUUCGACGGUUGGAAAAGAAAAUAAUCAGUUUACCGGAAUCCGAUGACGAAGUUAAGGAGAUUGAAGGUGAAAUCGAAAGUGAAAAUGAGAAUGAUCAUCCUGAAACAGAAUUCCUUGAGGAUCUUAUCCUUGACGAGGAUUACAACAAAAAGGAGGAAUUAGGGGAUGAAGUACUGAAUAUACUAGGAGUGGCUCCCACUCCAACCCCUAAGAAUGCACUUCUGCUCAAACAAAUUGCUGAGAGAUGGUGCGAGAUCCUGGAGAAAGGAUUAAAAAAAGAUGAAAAAGAAACAGUUACAAAAGACAAUCCAGCCUUCCAGAAUGUACUCAAGAUGUGUGCUCAAAAACAUAAUAAGGAAGUUGCCGCUGCUCUAAAUGACAGGGCUAAGAGAAGGGAUCAAGUAAUUGAAACCCGACAGAAACAAAUGUCCACAGCCUUGGCCUGUGUAGGCCAUGCUGUACAGAUGUGUAUCGGAGAUCAUUAACAACUAAAACUGUAUUAAGAAGCUGAAUGAAGCGGGUUAGCAGCUAAGUGAUUCUAUAUGUUCCGGAAACCAAUUGAUGUAGAAACUUGGCACUCUCAACAAUAAAAAAUAACAAUCUAAGGAAUCAUUACUUGAAAUUGAGAAUGGAGAUUAUUUGUUUGGUAAUAAUCUGAUUGAAAAAAUAAAAA